CUGCAAAAUCACCUUUUCGGGGCAACUCUUUAACAAAUUGUCAAUAACAUGAUUUAGCACGGAUGUGUGGACUAAAUGAAACUUGAUACUAAGAUUUAUAUUCAUAACAAGGUAGAAGAAUGGGAAGAUAUAUGUAUUUUCUUUAUACCUGAGCGACAAGGCACAAACCAUCUCUGCAGGAACAACUUGGUCGAACUCUCUCGGCGGCUUUAUUUUAAAUCUAAGCUCUUUGAGCUAAUUUUAACGCCGUGCUAUAAGCAUCGGCAAAAUAUAUAAUCCAGAUACAUUGCACGUUACAGGUUUGGAAACUAAAGAAAGGGUGUAACUAUAUUUUAGUAAGACUUCUACACCUACAAGAUGUCAGUCAACUAUGCUACGGGCCUGUCAGAGUAUGAACACAAGGGGAAAUGUGGGCUGCCAGAGACAUUUGAUUCUCCUUCAGAGGUACAUGGGAAAGUAGAGCAGUUGGCAGAGUGGAUUCGUAGUAGUCGUCAUGUAGUGGUACAUACAGGGGCAGGCAUCAGCACUGCAGCAGGAAUUCCAGAUUUUAGGGGACCUAAUGGGGUUUGGACAUUGGAACAGAAGGGACAGGCACCAAAACUAAAUGUGACAUUUGAUAGUGCCAGGCCAACCUUCACACACAUGGCAUUGGUGGCUUUAGAGAGGGCUGGGUUGGUGCAUUAUGUGAUUACACAGAAUGUUGAUGGUCUACACAUAAGGUCAGGCUUUCCUAGGAACAGGUUGUCCGAGCUUCAUGGCGACAUGUUUGUGGAAGAGUGCAACAAGUGUGGAGCACAGUACAUUAGAAGUCAUGCUGUUCCAACAAUGGCACUGAAACCAACUGGAAAUUCAUGCACAUAUACAAAAGCUAAAGGGAUCAGGUGCAGAGGGAAACUUUAUGAUACCAUUCUUGAUUGGGAGGAUUCUCUCCCCAAGAGAGAUUUAGACUUAGCUGAUGAACAUUCUAAGAUGGCUGACUUGAGUCUCACUCUAGGGACCACCCUUCAAAUUGUACCAAGUGGAAAUCUGCCUCUUGCUGUCAAGAAGAAUGGGGGGAAGUUAGCAGUUGUUAAUCUUCAACCAACAAAACAUGACAAAAAGUGCAAUUUAAAAAUAAAUGCCUUUGUGGAUGACGUUAUGAAGAAAUUGUGUUGCAUACUUGGCGUGACUGUAAUGGACUUUCAAAGGCCAGUUGUCUCCCUCCAAUCUGUUCAUACACAAAAGACUAAGAAAAAAGGACCAGUUAUUUUAGUCGAUUCGGAGCUUUGGGAAGAUACAAAUACUAUGGAUACUUCAAACGGAUUAAGGCAGAUAGGGCCAGUCAAGGAAGAGAAUAAGUUGGAUGACAAUUCCUCAAAGAAUGUUGAAAAAGACAGCAAAACUCAGGAAAUUCUUUCAGAAUCCAUUAAACUUAACAACCUCAAUACGGAAUCUCUAGAAUUGACAGAACAAGAUGCAGAAAGGGAUUUGAAUUCAAUGAAAUCAGCAGGUUUUGUUGAAAGUUCAGAGUCCACCUGUGCACAGGCUGAUGGCAUUAACAAGGAUAAUGAACACUUGGAAGGACCAAAACCCAAACUUAUAAAAUUGGAACAUAUAUAAUUUAAUAGAUAUCAUUAUUAGUUUCUUAAAAUAUUGUUUUUAGAAUAGCAGAGGAAUUACAAUCUUAGUGCAACUCCUGAAAUAGCUGGUGUACAGCAAUACAUAUUUUUUUAAUAAUUUAUUUUCGUUUUCAUAUUUUAGACAAGUUUCAGAGCAGUCAUGCUCAUUAAUCAAGGAUCAAAAUUACCACCAUGAUGGAUUACAUCAGUAUUUGUACAAUAAAUAUUUUUGCUUGUCCAAUAUUCAUACUAUUAAUAAAAUUCUUUCAAGUCGUCAGUA